AUGAGAGACCCGGAGGCCGACUGCCCCCUGCAUCAGGAUCAAUAUGAAGACGGCACAACAGGAAGCUAUGCCUCUCUCAAACCGCCUGUGUUACCGUCACCGCAACAUGAACUCGUCGACUCGCGACUCAGCUGGACAUUCUUCCUGGGCACUCUUUGGGACGCCUUUGGCCCUUCUUGGCUGAAGAGCAAACCCGCUGUUCGACCUUGGAAAGCGCGCCCGAUCGAUCUUGCGCAGCCAAACGAGACCAGCACCCACAUCCUACGGAUUCCUGCAGCGCUUGCGACGAAGCUGCUCGCUGUGGCACGAAGCCAUUCCGUGACGCUGACGCCGCUACUUCACGCCCUCAUCGUCGCAUCCGCAUCCCGACGGAUCCCAGAGUCCGAGGCACCGACGUUUGAGCCCUGCUCCCCCAUCAGUCUGAGACGGUACCUGCCCGCCGGUUCAGCCUUUGACGCAAAAAACCAGAUGCUCGUGCUCGUGACAUCAGGAGACCAUCCAAUCCCGUCUGCUCUCGUCACCAAGCUCCGCUCAUCGUCAGGCAAAGAAUACGAAGAUGCCAUUUGGGAAGUCGCCGCCUCCGUCAAGUCUACCAUGAACGACAAGCUCGCGAGUCUGCCACACGACGACCCAGGAUCCAUGCUGAAAUACGUCAGCGACUUUCACGACUUCUUUCGCCAGAAGGACGGUCAGGAACGGAGCAACAGCUGGGAGCUCAGCAACCUGGGCGCCAUCGACGGAGGGAAUGGGAGCUGGAAGAUGACGCGGGCGGUGUUCUCCCAGUCAGCAUCGGUCUUGGGUCCUGGGCUCAGUGCCAACAUGGCAGGUGUCGUUGGGGGAGAGAUCACGGUCACGCUAUGCUGGAACAAUUCCGUUGUCGAAGGUUCUUUAGUUGAGGGCGUGAUUGCAGAUCUGGACGCCUGGUUGCCAGAGAUUGCCAGCCGUAAACCACUAUCUACCUGA